CUGUAUCUCCUUUUGCCCAUCAGACCAAAAGAAGUCCCUGGGGCCCUGUGGGGCGGUUUGAAAACCAGUGGAUCAAGUGGAUCGUUACAAGCUUUGCCUCCCCUUCCUCGGCAGCUCCUUCCUCGGCACAUGCGCCUCACAUGAUGUGUUUGUUCCCAAGUAGAAACCACCAUUCAUUCAACAAAUGUUUGUCAGUGCCUACCAUGCUUAUGUAAGGGCAGGAAGAGAUAGACCAUGAGCAGUAAGCGUGAACCAGAAAAUGAGCUAGGAUGUCAGUGAUUUUGUGCUGUGGACCGAGCAGGGGAGCCAGGUGACGGGGAUUGGGAUGGAAGACGGUCAGGACGGUCUCCCUGAACUGUGAAAUUUGAACAGAGACAGGAGGGAGGUGAGAGUUGGCCAUGUAUUUGCCUGCAGGAACAGCAUUCCAGGCAGAGGGAACAGACAGUGCGAAGGCCUUGAGUGGAAUUGUCUGAAACCCUCUGGGUUCUUCUGUUGCCACGGAGACCUCCUGAGAUGCUACAUUUACCACUGGCUUCCCAUUUAAGUUCCAGACAGAGAUCCCACACCCUAUGGACCCACAGGCUGGUUUUUCUGGUUUGCUCCCCCCAGGGUAAUUUGCAUAUUUCUCCAAGAACCUUCAAGAAGCUGAGCAGCCUGUUUCCAGACUUAGAGAGAGGGGAGUCCAGGGGUGGCCGGCAACUUUUUCCUGAAAUCUGGAGCUGGAAAUGGACAGAUCAAGCCAGGGGCCUUCGGCAGCUGAGCCAGCCAUGGAGGGGGAGCCACAUCUGCCCGUGGGCCGGGAGCUGGCCGAGGCCAACCGCUUUGCCUAUGCUGCCCUUUGUGGCAUCUCCCUGUCCCAGCUGUUUCCAGAACCUGAGCAAAGCUCGUUCUGCACAGAGUUUGUGACAAGCCUGGUGAAGUGGCUGGAGUUGCCCGGAGCUGUCUUACCGACCAUGACCGCUUUUGCCAAUGGCCUGGGAGGCGAAGGAGCAGACGUGUUUGCCCCCAUUUUAUUGAAGGACCCCAUCUUGAAGGACAACCCGCUGGUGAUCAUUCAGGACCUUCUCAGCUUCUCCCUCCAGGAUGGGCGCUACGAUGCGCGGGCCCGGGUCCUCAUCUGCCACAUGACCUCCCUCUUCCACAUGCCCGUGGGGGAGCUGGAUCUGCUUGAAGAGACGUUCCUUGAGAGCCUGAAGGAAACCAAAGAGGAGGAAUCUGAAACCGCUGAGGCAUCCCGGAAGAAGAAGGAAAACCGGAGGAAAUGGAAGCGCUAUCUCCUGAUAGGCCUGGCAACCGUCGGAGGCGGGACCGUGAUCGGCGUGACUGGGGGUCUGGCUGCCCCUCUUGUUGCCGCUGGUGCUGCGACAAUUAUUGGCAGUGCUGGGGCAGCGGCCCUGGGGUCAGUGGCCGGCAUCGCUGUCCUGACCUCGCUGUUCGGUGCAGCUGGAGCUGGCCUGACAGGGUACAAGAUGAAGAAGCGCGUUGGGGCCAUUGAAGAGUUCACGUUUCUGCCUCUAACAGAAGGCAGGCAGCUGCAUAUCACCAUUGCCAUCACAGGAUGGCUGGCAUCCGGCAAAUACCGUACCUUCAGCGCCCCAUGGGCGGCCUUGGCCCGCAGCCGUGAGCAGUACUGCCUGGCCUGGGAGGCCAAGUACCUGAUGGAACUUGGCAAUGCCCUGGAGACCAUCCUCAGUGGCCUCGCCAACAUGGUAGCCCAGGAGGCCCUCAAGUACACAGUGUUGUCCGGCAUCGUGGCUGCCCUGACCUGGCCAGCCUCACUCCUCACCGUCGCCAAUGUCAUCGACAACCCCUGGGGCGUGUGUCUCCAUCGAUCUGCAGAGGUUGGCAAGCACCUGGCCCACAUCCUGCUCUCCCGGCAGCAGGGCCAGCGACCCGUCACCUUGAUCGGCUUCAGCCUGGGAGCCAGAGUCAUCUACUUCUGUCUGCAAGAGAUGGCUCAGGAGAAAGAUUGCCAAGGGAUCAUUGAGGACGUCGUCCUGCUGGGUGCGCCGGUGGAAGGAGAGGCCAAGCACUGGGAGCCUUUCCGGAAGGUGGUGUCUGGGAGGAUCAUCAAUGGCUACUGCAGGGGGGACUGGCUGCUGAGCUUCGUGUACCGCACGUCCUCGGUGCAGCUCCGCGUCGCCGGCCUGCAGCCCGUGCUGCUGCAGGACAGGAGGGUGGAGAACGUGGACCUGUCCUCUGUCGUCAGCGGCCACCUGGACUACGCCAAGCAGAUGGACGUCAUCCUGAAGACUGUGGGCAUCCACACCAGGCCAGGCUGGGGCGAGAAGGGGUUCCUGCUGGCGCCAGGCAGCCUGCCCCAGGAGGAGCCUCAGCAGACAGCAGCCACCUCCUCAUCAGACAAGACCACACCGGGAGACAACCCCAGAGCGGCCACAGCCACUGACCCGGUGCCAGCAGGGCUGGAUCCUGUCGAGAGUCCCCAGAUCUGUGGCCACGGCAUGGACCCCAACCCACUGGGCUGCCCCGAUUGUGCCAGCGAGACCCAGGGGCCCUGCCCAGGGCUGGACUGACUGCAGAAGGGGACUGGAGCUGUCUUCCGAGGCUCCUACAUGCAGCCCUCUCUUACCCCUCCACCAGGCGCCCCUCAUGAGUCUGAAUCCCACCAGUGCCCUUCCUGAGUUGAUGACAUUGGCAUUGAAAAGAAAGGAAUUGGAAGGAGGGGGAGGCGCAGAGAGACAGCGUUCCCUCCCUGAGCAAGCAAGGCCAGACUCCCGCAGAGAUGACCAAGCACAGUUUGGAGCCCCAGGACUCAAGCAGCCUUGGGCUUCCUAUAUUUCAGGUCACAGGUGUGGGCUCUGGCUGACCAUCUGGGGGCCCAGGGGUCUCUCUGGGGCCCAAGGCUCCCAAGGCACCAUUCUCCCCAAGCUGCAGUAAAUGCAGGUGAAUGCCUGCUCUUCCAUCCACACUCCAGGGCUGCCCGGCAGCCCACAGGCGUCACCGAUGCACCUACAGAGCAGGCACAGAUGCAGAGCCAGCAGCUUACUCUCUGCUCGUGGGAGAUCUGAUCAGAUUUGCCUUGUACAGCUACCCAGGCUGUGCACUGCAGAACUACAGGAGCUUCAAUCACAUGGAGGUGAUAUAAAGGGCACCCUCCCCCAGUUGUGCUACGUGGUGGCCCUGGAUCUAACUGUCACAGUGUGGUGACUAUAUGCUGAAUCAGCAUGCACAGUGGUAGGAAUGGUUUUCCUAUAACAGGAAGAAGUGAUAAUGAUUAUAAUAAUAAAAUUAACAAUAGCCACCACUUAUUGAGAAUUUA